CACAUGGUGGAAAAGGGGGAUCAGACCCGUCGACGCGGAGAAGUUGCUCCUGCUCCGGUAUGUUGGCGGUUUGCCUGCUCAGCGCCUUGUGGCUCGCGGCGGGUCCGGCCCGCGCGCAGAACGAGACGGAACCGAUCGUCCUGGAGGGAAAGUGUCUGGUGGUCUGCGACUCCAACCCCACAUCCGACCCCACCGGCACCGCGCUCGGCAUCUCCGUGCGCUCCGGCAGCGCCAAGGUGGCGUUCUCCGCGGUCCGGAACACCAACCACGAGCCCUCCGAGAUGAGCAACCGGACCAUGGUCAUCUAUUUCGACCGGGUACUUGUAAACAUUGGGAAGAAUUUUGACGAGGAGAGAAGUAAUUUCAUCGCACCACGCAAAGGGAUUUACAGUUUUAACUUCCAUGUAGUCAAAGUCUACAACCGCCAAACUAUACAGGUGAGCCUGAUGCACAACGGCUGGCCGGUGAUCUCGGCGUUCGCGGGCGACCAGGAUGUGACGCGCGAGGCGGCCAGCAACGGCGUUCUGAUCCAGAUGGAGAAGGGAGACCGGGCCUACCUCAAACUGGAGAGAGGAAACCUCAUGGGAGGAUGGAAAUACUCCACCUUCUCCGGCUUCCUGGUGUUUCCCAUGUAGAGGAAACCGGAGAGGAAGAGGAGGAGCAAGGGGUGGAAUCGAAGGAGGAGCUGGUGGAAGAUGGAAAGUACGACGAAGGUGGGGAUGGAGAAAGAGAAAAACGGAAGUGAAUGAGAUGGCCUUAAAGGAGGAGAAGAAGGAAAGAAGAGGGGAUGUGACAAGAGACUUCUGUUUGGGACGCAGCGGAGGGUGGAGGGAAGAGGCCGGAUGAGAGAUGUUAGAGCGAUGUAAGAGCAUGACACAGAAUGAUUAAACAAGGGUAACGCGAGAGGAGAAAUGUGGAGCCAGUACAUGCGAGUGUACGGCCAGCUUCUUCACUUCCCCUCCUCCUUUCAUCCAUCCUGUCAUUCAUCCUUUCCCUCUGUUUUCUCUGUGGCUCGACUGCAGCUUUGGACAGCCAAAACUUUUUUUAUUCUCUGCUGACAGACGCAAUUGAUCAUUUAUAUGUUCCAGAGUGUUUUAAAGCCCGAGCGUAACCCUCCCCUCCGUCCCUCCGCAUCCGUCAUUCAAUCAUUAAUUCAUCGAUCUCCAUCUAUCGAAGCUUUGAAGAAUGUUUCUCAGAGAACUGCUCCCUUCAUCUCCCACUUAUUUUGUCUUUGUUUUCUUAUUCCAGACAUAAAUCGCACUGAUUUUGGAUCAGCCUCCGCCACAAAGCCAAACUAGAAUUUUUUUUAAAGGGGCGACGCUGAACUCUGAUCCCAAAAUCAGAAGCUGAGGAAACAUUUACCUUCCUGUCAGCUUUGUUUUAUACUUAGAAUAAUCACUGUCUCUCCCUGAUCCCUUGACAGUCAUGUGUCCCUCCCCCUAUUAUUUUAUCCGACUACUUACUCCUUGCAUUUAGUCCCGCUCCUUCCCUCUGCUUCCCUGUCUGUCUCGUCCCUUUUGUCUUUGACUCCGAUGUCUCGGUUCCUAACGGCAGCCGGCAGUAAUGGUAAAUAUUUGCUCGCCAGCUGUGAGCAUCAAAAACGUCUUCAAGUCUAAGAAUAGUCCACCGCGGUGUCCAGCUGUGACUCACAGUAAACACUUAGCGUAAGAAACCACAGCUGACAUGUUUUCAGUCCGUGAUGAAAAUCAAUAUGUGAAGUAAAAAUGCAAAUAUUAGAUGAAAUAUGAAUGAGUCCAGUUUCCCCAGAUUUUUAUACGAACAAUCUCUUUGUGAAGGUAACGUCUCCCCAGACGAGGAAACAUUCGCCAACACAUUUACCAGGAAACCAAAUGUUAAGUGAAUUCAUUUUGAAUGCCCCCCCCCCCCACCCCUCGGCUGGAUUAACCUCCUGCAGGGUGAUAUGUUAAUACUCGACAUGUUUUGACUGUUGAGUUUGUUCACUUGAGCUUCAACACUGAACAGUCAAUCGAUUAUUAAAGAAAAUAACAGUCAGAUGUGGUGAUGGUUGAGCUCAACUUGUAGCUCUCUGACAAAUGAAACAUUUGCCACGAAGCAUUGUGGAUUCAACUUUUUGCGUACUGUGUUUUAACACAACUUAUCUUAAAUACUUGUAUUAAAACAUGACUUGACUCUUAGAUAGUUAAUUAUGUCCAGUCAUGACACUUGGUUAAUGUUAGAAAAAAAGAUCAGGGUCUUGGUUAAAUAUUGGAAAAGUAAAUCAAACCCGGCUCUACAGAUUACCCACAACCCCCCCCCAAAAAAACAACACAAGGGGGAGAAACAGCAAUUUGCCUCCUCUGCACAAUUACCCCAAAACAAAACAGUGGAACCCAAAUGUUAGGAGAUCUGGUGACCAACAAUUUAAAAUGCGUACCUCGAAGGUUACAGAUAAAACCAAAAUUAAAAACGGCAGUUUCACACUUCCGAAAAUGCAGAAUCUUUAAAUAUACAGGAGAGUUGAUAACCAGGGGAAUUCUCAGAUCGACACCUGAAUACAGAUGUAAUAAAUUCCUCAUGUAAUCAAUACUCCACCACAGCUCUCCUGUGACUGUAUCUAAUGAAGCUGAUAUUGGUAUUGAUAGAAGUCACACAGAGAGUAUUGCUCUACUUUGCUACUUCAGUGUUUUUAUCGUCUCUCUGGCAGCCAAACAAACGCUGGAAUCGACCUCCAUUCUGUCCAACCAUCCCUCCUCCACACCUCCACCCCCUCCCUCCCUCCGUCUGUCUCUCCAUCCCUGCUGCUGUUUUUCACAGCCACACCCCUCCUCUCCUCUCUCGACGAUGCUGUUUACCCAGAAGAGCUGAUUUCUCUCUCUUCCUUUAUUAUUUUUUUUUUUUGUUACCCUCCCUCUCCUCCGCCCCUCCACGAACCCGUCCGCCUCUCCGUCCUCGUGUCUGUACUUUAUCUGCUGCUGUACUCGUUUGCCUCUCAGCACGGGUCCUUCCUUGCUUUUCUUCAACGUUGGACUUUUGGACACUGAAACCAACUUACAACCACAAACUCUAUUAUAUAUAUAAAUAUAUAAAUACAUAAAUUUACACAGUAUACGGAUAUAUACAUAUAUCGAAAUCUAAGCCACUGUUUCUAUUCUACUGGUAUUAUGAUGAUAAUAAUGAUAAUACUAAUACUGGAAAAACCGAAUCUGGUUGAUGACUAUAAUAUCUGUACUUCCGUACUUCAGUGUUAUAUAAAAGAAAAAAUAUUCUACGAGAAACUUACUAGUGAUUGUGUGGAAAAUCUGAGGCUGCCGUUCUGCUCUUCUGAUUAAAACAUGCUUCUUGUUUUUGUUUUGGGUCAAACCAAGUUGUGGCUAAAAAGCUGAAUCUACUACUUCUAUAGAAAAACCUGCAGCUACAGAGGACUUUUAUUUGUUGAUGAUUAUUAUAACUAUGAUUAUUAUUAUUAUUAUUAUU